CUUGAAGACCGUAUUUGUAGCUUUGAGAACAAUCGAGAAUUUGAGAGAGAGAGAGAGGGUCAAGAGUGAAGGUUCUAGAAUAUUAUAGAAAGACUUGAGAGUUUGCAUAAAAAGCUAACAUGACAUUGACACAAGUAGAUUUAGAUUAUCCUUAUCAUUGGAGCAAUACUGAAGAGAACUAUUACGUACCCCUGCCUCCUAACUGGGAAAUGAAAAUGGACCUUUUCACUGGCUGGCCUUUCUUUGUCGACCAUCCAAACAGACGCACUACUUGGUUGGAUCCUCGCUACGACCCAGGAGUUUUACGAUCAUCAAGAGGGUAUCAUCCAUCAAAUCAUUGGUGUAAUGGGAUGCCUAAUUCGCAUACUAUGGGAUAUCCGUAUGCUGAUCCUUAUUAUGCUAAUCCAUACAGUAGUGAUCCCUACCAUGUUAGUCCUUUUGGCUAUGAUACCUUGAGGUCGGGUUACCCAUUAAAGAAAUCCGGUCCACUCAAUCCUCACACUCCCAGACGUGGUAAGAGCCAGCCUUCUGUCGCCACGAAACAAAAUAUUGAGACUAAACCAUCUGUACCUGACAGACACUCAUCUCCGCAUCCCUCUACCUCCUCUACUCCUCUUUCCCCUCCUCCAUCAAGGGAUGUACUACGUGCCACCUCUACCUCCCCCUCUUCAGAAAAUAAACCCUCUGUAACAGAGCCCAUCGUUCCUGCUGUUGCUGUGGAAACGGCAGGUACUGAGUCAGGAGCUGACCCUGUGGUAAAGGACAAUGAUGCUCCUGCUCCUGCAGAGAUGGACAAUGUGUCAGAGGUACAUGAUAAUGUGAAAGAAGAAGCGGGUGACAAAUCUGAUGAAGCAGUAGAUAAUAUGCAAGAAGAAGCGGGCGAUGAAUCUGACGAUGUCACCAUGGAAGAUGAUUCAGUCCUAUCAGAAGACGAUAUAAAAGCAAAGCUUGAACUCAUUGAUUCUAUCUCAGCGGAAGCAACAGCGAAUCUCAAGAGUCGAAUUGAGAGUUUCCAAGGAACAAGUUCCUCCAAGGAGUACCUCUACAUAUCGGAGACCUUGCUAUCUAUUAUACUGAAGCUGGACAGUGUAUCUACAGAUGGUAAUGAGAGAAUCAGGAAUCAUAGGAAAGGAACCAUUGUUAGCAUUCAAGACAUGCUAAGAGAACUCGAAGAAAGAGCAAAACUUGAUAGCUGAUCUCUUAUAUCAAUAAACAGUUAUAAACUGAUCCAUAUCAUUAUGUCAUUUAUGUGUUAAUGUACAUUAUUUUAGUUAAUAAUUAUUGUUUGUUAUUUUUAAAAUGUGUUUACAAAUUACUUCAGUUAAUAAUCAUACCA